AGUUUAUUUUCGAUUUCUCCGAGUGUGUUUGUGGACGCAUUACAGCGAUAUGGCAACAUAAGUGUGUUUGCUCACACAAAUUCGAACAAUAGCGCGCCAGCGGAGUCCCAGAGGCGGCGGCGGCUCAACCGGUAAUUCAAUAUCGAGCGUUUCUGUUAGUGAUGCGUACAUCGCUCUGACAAUUCGAUGGGACUUCAAAAUCAAUUCUACACAAUAUAACAGAAUAAAAAAAAAUUGUGUUACAAACAAAAUAUGGAAAAGGCAGCGAGAAUCGAGACCGCAAUAAAAAACGAUAAUAUGAGUUCGCAAAAGGAAGAUUCGCCUUUAAGGACUGAAUCUAAAAUAGAGAUACAACGAAUGAAUUUCAUGGAGAAAAUUAGAUAUGUAAAGUCAAACAUAACUGUGGAGCCGGUGUUGGCAUUCUUUGUGAUGCCGAGUGUAUUAGGAACACUUGCCAUUCAAAAUCUAAAUUUAGACAAAGCUUGUCGAGUCAACUUAGACUUUGGCGACGAUGCAUGCACUGCGUUGCGCCUGAGAAAACGAGCGAACUACACCUACGAAGAAGACGAGGUCCAAAAACUAAUAGCCUCGGUGCAAGCUUGGAAGAGCGUGAUCCACAUGGCGGUGCCAACGCUGCUGAUUCUGUUUAUAGGAGCGUGGAGCGACAAGACCGGAAAGCGGAAAAUUUGCAUGUUGAUGCCGAUCCUUGGGGAAUUCGUGACGUGCCUUUUGAACAUAAUGAACACGUACCUCUUCUACCAAGUCCCGGUGGAGUGGACCGUGUUUAUGGAAGUCAUUUUGACCUCAUGCUCGGGCGGAUGGCACACGAUGUUCCUUGGCACGUACAGUUAUUUGGGUGAUAUAACUUCGAAGGAAACAAGAACUUUUCGUCUAGGGAUCUUGAGCUUGUGCAGUACCGUUGGCUUUCCGAUCGGCAUGGGGCUUAGCGGCGUGCUGCUGAAGAUUCUCGGCUACUACGGAGUCUUCGUGAUAUCUGCGAGCUUGCAGUUACUCAAUUUUUGUUACGUAUUGUUUUUUAUCGAGGACCACACUUGGCUCGCGGAUACAGAGAAGGUCAAAAAAACAGGAUGUGGCGGUUUCCUGGUGGAAUUUUUCGACUUUCGAAGCUUCCGAGAAACAUUGGAGAUUACUUUCAAGAAGGGGAAAAAUAAUAGGAGACUAAGAAUGUGUUUAAUAUUGAUAGUCGUUUGCUUGAACUUCGGACCAAUGUGGGGUGAAUUAGGCAUAACUUACAUCUUUACUCGUUACCAAUUCAACUGGGAUGAAGUGACUUACAGCAUUUUCAACACUUACAGCUUGGUCACCCACUCAUUAGGUACGCUGUUAAGUAUAGGCAUUAUCAGCAAGAAAUGGAAGGCGGACGAUGCUGUUUUGGGGAUCAUUUCAACUAGCAGCAAGAUUUGUGGAGCACUGGUGUUGGCUUUUGCAAGGAAUGGUUUUGAAGCAUAUUUUGCGCCACUUGUGGAGAUUUUAAAUGGUACCUCAACUAUUGCCUUACGGUCAAUCGCAUCGAAGUUGGUUUCACAUCAAGAACUAGGUAAAUUGUUCUCACUCUUCGGGCUAGCGGAGACGACGAUGCCAUUAAUAUUUGCGCCUUUAUACACCAAGGUGUAUGUGUCCACCCUUCAUGUGUUGCCAGGAGCCGUUUUUCUACUUAGUGUUCUUUUUACGAUACCAGCAUUAGCUAUUUUCGGAUACUUUUACCACCAGCACCGGAAAGAAAAAAAAGAGAAAAGACUAAACUUGAACAGUUUUCCUGUCACAGGAGAAGAGUGCAAGAAGAGCAUAGCUGAGAAGGCAAAAAAUAUCAAUAUCGUUUGAUGUAGAGACUAUAGAAGCUACAAAUCUUUUUGUUCCAGUCCAUCAAUAAGCCUAGGCAUAGUUUGACUUCGAAUUUCGUUUCAAAAACUCGUCGUAAUGAAAACUGAAAUGCUUUAAAGUUUAGCUGAUUUUCAUAAACGCAAUAAAGGUUAAUUUUUAUUUCUUCAAAUAAAAGUUAUCGAGUAUAGGCCUUUAUAAUUGAAAUAUAUGAAUAAGGUUUAUUUGAUCAUUGUAUUUUUUAAUUCAUUAUGUAUUAUCGAGCUGCCUGUUAAUACUGUGCCUUUAUAGCUCAUGUUGUUACCCGUCUUAAAUUAAAGCGUUAUCCACGUUAUAUUUAGAUUUGGCUGACGGUUUCUGUAUUGACUUGUCGUCAUUAUUUCUCGUAAACAUUUUCGGAUUGGCAAACUAGAACAGGUUUUUGGCCCAAUAUAUAAGAAGCCCAGAUUUUUUGUAUCGGCUCUGCCAACUAAUUGUUUCUAACAAAUACUUACCUAACCAUUAUUGAAGUCUUACGUGCUGAAAUAAUAAUUAACAUAAGGUAAUAAGACUGUACGCAGUAGUGGCGGCCGUAGGCAGAUGCUACCAUCGUUUCUAGUUCUGUUGCGAAGUAGUCGUAUAUGACACGUGUGGGACAAUGUUUAUAUUGCUUACAAUGGAAGACAAUAUAUAAAAAAAGACAUACAAAAAAAUCUCGCGGAAGAUUAAAUUUAAUAAGGCAAGCUAAUCUAGCCACAGACAUCUGUCUGUGCUGUAGUAGAAUAAAUCCUGCAUACUAUUUACUGGUUCAUAAUUCAUACCCAGAUUCUCUCAAUCUUCAGGCUUUUUUUACAAUAUUAUAAAUCGCAUUUGCUUCCAUUGUUUUUGUUGUCACUUUUUUUUUUCAAAGUAUCAUUAAGGAUAGCGUUAAAUGACAUUAGUUAGGUAAAUACUACGAGUAAAUGUCCUUUUAUCAAUCAAUGAUUUCCGUGUCAGGAAUUAAAUUCAAUGUUUGUAGAUUUAAGUUUUAACACGGCCGCACACACGAAGAAUUUUAAUUAGAUUUUCGCAUCGGCAGCUCCGUGAUUCCUAACUUAAACAAAAAUGUAAUUAGGAAUUUUCAUUAAAUCGAAUUUCUACUGAUAUCAUUUGUAAUGUUGGCAGAUCCAUGUACUUCAAAUGUUUCGAAACUAUUCUGAAUUCUCUCAUAGAGAAACCUAAUAUGUGUUUAAACGUGUCAUGUGCGCCGUGUUUAUAAGAAAGACUUGUUUUGCACUUUGAUGAUAUUUUUAUUUUGAAAAUUAAUACAUUGUAAUUAAAACUAAAUCUCUAGUU